AUGGCCGAGAACCCGGCCCAAAGCAAACGAAUAGGAAGGGUCCCACUGUCAACGCUGAGCGCGCUGGUGUUUGUGUCGCCAAAACUCUUUGCACAAGCACUUGUGCAGGGCACUUUGACUGUUCCACUGCAGGAGUACGUCUCAUUGUACGAAAGGCCCAUGCAAGAUGGCAAGAACCACUUGCCGCUACGAGUCAGCGAGUAUUAUGGUUCUGUAUCCAUGGGCACUCCACCCCAGGACUUUGACGUCGUUUUUGACACCGGGUCUGGAAACAUUGUACUUCCAACACUGAAGUGCUCAGACGAGGCUUGUGAGGACCAUCACCGUUUUUCUAGUGGGGCUUCACGUUGA